AUGUUCCUAAGUUCUACAAUAGAUGGUUCCACCCCCAACGGCCACCAGCAAGUAGCUACGCCCACAAAUUAUGCACGUGGGUUUUAUGGGUGUGGUGGUAAACCCACGAGAAUCCUGAAGUCCUGCAAACUUCACUUCAGUGCUGUUGUGGUAGCAUUCCUUAAUGUACAACUACCUCUUACAUUAGGACAAUUAAUAAAUGUUGUCUCAUCUUUACAACCUGGUAUUUAUUGUCUUCAAAGUAUUUUUAUAUUUAGUUAUAUUACCUUAUUGUCUGUUGUGGGUGAAAACUGUGCUAUUAGAAUGAGGACACGCCUCUUUCAAUGUCUUCUUGAACAAGACAUUAGUUUCUUUGAUAAACACAAAACUGGAGAGUUAGUUAACAGAUUAUCAGGUGAUGUUCAAGACUUUAAAAGUUCAUUUAAAUUAGUUAUUAGUCAAGGACUUAAGAGUAUUACACAAACUAUAGGAUGUACUAUAUCUCUAUUUAUUAUAUCUCCUCAAAUGACUGCUCUAGUGGGUGUGGUAGUACCAGUAAUGAUAAUUAUAGGUACUAUUAUUGGAAGUGGAUUAAGACAAUGGUCAAGAGAGGCUCAAUCUCAAGUAGCAUUAUCUACAGCUGUAGCAGAUGAAGCAUUAGGUAAUAUUAGAACUGUUAGAGCAUUUGCAAUGGAAGACAAAGAACUGAGUCUUUAUCAACAAGAAUUAGAACAAGCUAGAUGGUUUAAUCAAAGAUUGGGAUAUGGUAUUGCUGGAUUUCAAGGACUUACUAACUUAGCUAUUAAUGGUAUGGUAUUACUAGUUAUUACACAUGGUGGUCUAUUAUUAGCAACCAAUCAAAUCACUCCUGGUGCUCUAAUGUCUUUUCUUGUUACAACUCAGACUAUUCAAAGAAGUUUAGCUAACUUAUCAGUUUUAUUUGGACAAAUAGUUCGUGGAAUGACAGCUGGUAGUCGUGUCUUUGAGUAUAUUCAGUUAGUACAUAAUAUACCAGUAUCUGAUGGACAUGUUAUACCAUCUAAUGAACUUAUUGGUAAAGUUGAGUUUAGAAAUAUCACCUUUUCAUAUCCAUCUAGACCAGAUCAGGUAGUACUUAAUGAUUUUAGUCUUAAUUUACCACCUGGUCAGGUCACAGCUCUUUGUGGUCUCUCAGGAGCUGGUAAAUCAACAGUUGCUGCUCUUUUAGAAAGAUUCUAUGAUCCUGAUAUUGGUAGUAUCUAUAUUGAUGGAUGUGACCUUUGUACUCUUGAUCCUUGUUGGAUUAGAGGAUCUGUUAUUGGAUAUAUAAAUCAAGAACCAGUUCUAUUUGCUACUAGUAUUAUGGAAAAUAUACGUUAUGGUCGACCAUCUGCCUCAGAUGAAGAGGUUUAUGAAGCUGCUAAGUUAGCCAAAUGCAUAACUUUAUAUGUGAAAUUUCCUGCUGGAUAUAAGACUAUAGUUGGUGAGAGAGGAGUCACAUUAUCUGGUGGACAAAAACAAAGAGUUGCUAUAGCUAGAGCUUUAUUAAAAGAUCCUUCAAUAUUAAUAUUAGAUGAAGCUACUAGUGCACUUGAUACACAGUCUGAGAAAAUGGUACAAGAAGCAUUAGAUCAAGUAUCACAUGGUCGUACUGUUCUUGUUAUUGCUCAUAGACUUAGUACAAUUCAAGAUGCUGAUAACAUAGCUGUUAUACAUGAAGGGAAACUAAAAGAGACUGGUACUCAUUCUACAUUAUUAAAUAAAAGAGGUCUUUAUUAUGAACUAGUUAGAAGACAAACUCUUAUAGAUAAUUAA